UCCCGGUCCACGGCUGAGCUGAGUCUGACUGUGGACAACAACCAGGCACAGCGAGAGCUCAUUGCGCAGCUCGAGGCAAAAAACAGAGAUAUCAUGCGAGAGAUCCAGCGUCUCCGUCUUGAGCAGGAAGCGUUCGCCCAAGAGGGCGGGGACACGGGCCAGUACAACCCUACUCUACUGGCCGAGCUCCGCCUCCUGAGACAGCGCAAGGACGAGCUGGAGGCGCGCAUGCAGACGCUGCAGGAGAGCCGCAAGGACCUCAUGGUGCAGCUGGAGACGCUCAUGAAACUGCUCAAGUGCCCCUCCUGUCCCCAGAACCACCCUACCUCUCCCCGGUCUACGCCCAACAGCUCUCCUCGCUCCAGGAGUGGCCUCUCUCCGACCUUUACCGCUGCUAUGGCCAGCCGGGCGGCCGCCUCACCUGCUCCAUCUGCCACGGCAGAGCUAAGCCUGAGUGGCCUGGGGGGUGAUGUGAAGCAGGCGUUUACCGGACAGCCCUCGGCCUCGGCUGCACUCACGCGGUCACUGAGGAAUGACCUACUGGUGGCUGCUGAUUCAGUGACCAAUGCCAUGUCGUCUUUGGUAAAGGAGCUGCAUUCGGAUGAAGAUGGCAGUGAAGGAGAAGACGAGGACAGGCUACAGAGCAAACUAAAUGAGCUCAAGUUUGAUGAUGAAAUGAUGUCACGAUCUGGAGGCACAGAUGAUCAGGACAUGAACUCCUGGGGUCGAGAUGACCUUCACUGGAGGAUGCGUCAAGAGGCCGAAUUUCUUGCUCAGUUGCGAGCACGUCGUCAACGCAGCAGUGCUAAUUCUAGUCAGACAACAAGUGACAAUGAGCAGGAUGGGUACCCAGGCACGGAUGAAGGGGAGUCAUCACUUGCCAGAACAGAUGAUGAGAGUUUUGUGGGGACGGAUGAGAUUGCAUCCUGCGGUGGAGAACGUCUGGAUGAGGUGCAGAGUGUGAGCAUGAGAACAGAUGAUGAGGGAGCAGAACUUCCAGGGCCAUUGGCAAAGGAGAUGACGAACAGCAGAUAUACCACUGAUGACGAGAGCUUCUUGCAGACGGAUGAUGAAUCAUUCAUUCGUACCGACGAUGAGGAGGGAGGUAACACAGAUUGGGAAGAGUCUACACGAAGAUGGAUCAAUCGGUGACCUCAGUCUCUCCUGUAUGAGCAGCAAGAGAGAAUGAAACAACAUCUUGUCCUUAUUGUGCCAACUCAUGGUCAACUCAAGGUCAACAACUAUCUGAUCAGUUGUCUUUGUUAGUGCAAGGAACAAAACACUAUUGCUCUGGAUUUCUGAUGCCAUCAGAAUUCUCUCUACGAUUUGCACAGUUCUUCAUCGAUGUUUGUGGAACAAUCAGUUAAUUUACAAAUGACGUGCUGCAGCAGGACAUGUGAGAAAAGUGUGCUAAUGAAUACUAUUGUAUUUCUUCACAAUUUGGAAAAGAGGUGUCCAUAUUAUAUGUGUCGCGACGUGGUGGAAUGAGGCGCUCGUCAAUUUUUGGGCAUGUGGAUCGUCAUAAAGCUUUAAAUUCAUGCCAUCAGAAUUCUCUCUACGAUUUGCACAGUUCUUCAUCGAUGUUUGUGGAACAAUCAGGGUUUCUGAUGCUUUCGUUGAGAAAAUUAGACAUCAAUCUUUGAUAAGAGGUGAGAUAUUUGCAAUUGAAGGAGAUGGUGUUACUUGGUUUCAGAAAUAAAAUUAGCAAGAAAAUGGUCGACAAAAUUUGGUGACUACCAAAGCUUGAGAGUCCUUGGAAAA